AUGCAUACAAAAGAAACAAUGGAUUCAAAAACAGUAGAUCAAUCACAACUUAAAUCUACCAACGACCAAAUUAUGACAUAUGACAACAUUUUGAAAGCAAUUAUUGGAGCAUUGGUGGCCAUGGUAUUACCUCACUCCGAAAGAAAAGUUCGCAAAGAAUCAAAAGAAUAUGAUACGAAUGAGCUUAGUAUUAUAUCUACGGUAUUGGAGAGAAAAUUAGUGUCAUCAUGGUACAUGACAUACAUUUCGCAGGAAAUAGGCUUUCCUUUUGCGUGUAAACAAAUGUUGGAUCAAAUGAUUAGCAAGACAUUCCAGAUAUGUGAUAAAAUAGACACUAAAGAUCUUUACAUUGACAUGUGCUCAGUGCUUACAAGUCAUUUGAAGGAAUACUCCAAAGCUAUAAAAAGGCAUGAAGAGUCACCUUCAAGUACAGUAGAUUCUUUAUAUAAGAAAUCUCAUGCAAUAUCCACAGAUAAAAAAUAUCUAUCUGGUGAUCAUUGCAUAAAUUUAUUGAGAAUUAUUCUUAAAGAACUUAUACCCUGGGAAUUGUGGGAUACACCACAUUCAGAAUUGCUGAUAAGGGUAUUGUCUAAGAAGUUAGAUACUUUCAUAGACAGCACCUUAGCAGAUCCUGUCUGGUUGAAUGAUAAACUUCUUACAUUAAUAAAAGGAAAGAAGGAAGAUAAGGAGCCAGAUUCUCUGGACCAAAACUCUGAAAAAGACAUAGAAUUAGAAAAAGUUGCACCAGAACAAUUUACUGUUGAGGCUCAAAAGCCUAACUUCUCAAAUGAGGAAGCUUCUUUUUCUACACUUAUCACAGAUAACACACCAAUUGUCGAGCAUGUUGACAAAGUAAUCAAAGAAGAAAUUUCAGAAAAGCUGGAGAAUAUAGUUGAAGAGGUGCCUGUGCAGUGUACAGAGCCAGUGGAUAUAAAAUCAUCGCCAAUUAUGAGGCAGAGAAGGGGAAGGCAAGGAAGAAAUGAAGUCAAAAUAUAUGAUAGAGUAAUUGAAGGUAGUAUGAAGACAUGGGAAACAGAUAUGGACUUACAAUGCAUAAGCCUUGGUCAAGAUUUGCUUGCAAACUUAGAUGGCGAAAUCACUCUGAGCCGAUUGUGGGGACAAGAUAUUGAACCUGACAGUAGUCCUAACCCUCCGAGGACUAAGUCACCACAGCCGCUAUGGUUUGGCGAAGAAGAUGCGAUAGAAUUGGAUUGCGGCGACACCAGCCCCCAAAAGCCCAGCCCUGUCAAAAAGGAGAACGUUCCCAAAUCCACGGACAUACUCCUCAAGGACAUUCAGAGCACUGUCCACCAGGCCAAAAGCAAGAUUGGAGACCUACAGGUCCCGUUCACAAACCUAGAUGUGCCCUGCAAGCAUUCCAGUGACGAGGCAGCUGGCAUGAUGGAAGGCUUAUUGGAUUUCGGAAUCGCUGGCAUUAAAAAAGGACUUCGCUUCACUGGCCUCAGCGACGAUUCACAAGAAAAAUCCCCGUCACAACAGUCCAAAGACAAAACUGCGGACAAGAUCUCGCCACCGCUGGAUAUAGGAAGAAGCAAGCCCAUACCCGAGCAUCAUGAAGUAAUCACGUCUUCCGCCAUACAGAGAGAAGACAAUGGCCACGUUCCUCCAUUGGUGAAACAGCAACGAGUGACGUCACAGGAUAGCGUCGCGAAGGGCAGGGUGGGCAGUUGGCCUCCCGAGGUGAGGGCGGAGUCCCCGGAGCCCGAGUAUGAGGAGGCGGCCGACUUGUCCACCAGCAUCGCCAAGCUGCGGUGUUUGCUGCAGCAGCGAGCAGAGACCGCACAGAACAGGUCGGAUGAUAUCUGGUGGGAGGGAGCGGAAGAGACCCGUGGUCGCACUCAGCACCACCAUUCCUCCCGUCCUGUCGACACCGCUACACUUGCUGAUGAAUACGAUAUGAACAUCGAAAGGAGUGCAUCACCCGAGCAAACGUCAAAUAACAUGCAGAGAUUGGAUAAGUUGUUUCAAAGAACUGUGACUGGGGUGUUCAAUUCGAUAAAGACGGCGGUUGGAGCCGAAGACGAAGAAGUUGUACCUAGACCGAUGCACGACUGGAACUAUGUCUGCUCGUCUGCAGAGCUUAGUGUGUGCAAUGCAGUGGCGCGUCUAGUAAGCGCGAGGCGUGCGCUGGCGCACGUGGACUCAGCGCUGGAUCCGCUGCAGGCGCACCCCCCGCCGCACAGCCACCCCCUGCCGCCCGCUGACUUCGAUGAGUGGUGCAGUGGUUGCGGAGCGGCGUGGUGCGGAUCGUGCGCAUUGGCUGGCGCUCUUGGACUCUGCACCUCUCACGUGGCCUUCCGUGUCGCCACGCUGCUGUUUGCGGAUUUAGCGGAGUCACUCCUAACAGCAUGGCUUGACGAGUUUAGCGCUUGGCUCCGAAAGCAGACCUUCGCACUGUUCGAGCAAUUGUCCAAUGAGAACUCGACAUUGAGCCUAAAGAAGGAGAAGAUGUGGGAACUGAACAUAGAGGAAACUUGUGCCGCUGUUAUUUCUAUCAUACCAGAGGUUUAUCUCUUCAGCGAAGAUACUAUAACGGGAGCUGUCAAAUUGACAGUCUCCAGUUUCAGCCACAAGGAGGUGAACAGGGACGUGGUGUUCAGGACACUGGACCUUCUCGUAUCUCAGUAUAAGAAAGCUGCUGGAUUGAGGAACCCAUCCUUUGACGCUAACUGA